GCGGCGGCGCUGAGGAUGAUAUCGCGAUACGCGCGGAAGCCGGUGCAGGCACAAGGACUCCCAAAACAUGCCUUGAGGCAUCACCCACUGCCAGAGCCACGGGUUCAGGUGUGCUCAGCCACACCCACGGCUGAAAACCUCGGCCAGACCUCCAGGGAGCCCAGAAUCCAUAAGGAAUCGGAUGAUCAUGGAGAUCCACGGACUGCUAGUCAGGGUUGUGCUGACACCUCCACAGAAGACAGCUCAGUCUUCUCUUGGGGCUAUGACGAAUUUGACAAAGCUGCCACACAACAAGUUCAGCAGAUGUUCAGACAAAUUGAUGAGCUUCUGUAUGAGCAGAAAGAAAACGUUCAUGUUGAGGGACUGCGGGAAGAAUGCCACCAGUGGUCCUCCAGCUUUCCUCAUCUCAGGGUGGUGGGGAAGCAGGUGGUGACCCCCACAGAUGAAGGGUAUGGAUGGUACUCGAGUUUCCCCUCGAGCAGUUUGGCUCCCUCAGAUGUAAGUUCACCACAGGAAAAGGAUUCUGAUGAAUUUAGGGUUUUGGGCAAGAAGGUGCCUCUUUUUGUUGCUCCUGCUCACAAAAAGGCCGACCCUUCCAAGCCUCAGACCUUGUGUUCCUCAGAGAGCGAUGAAGGGGAGGAGGAAAUCAUUCUCUCCGAAGGCAUAGUGGAGGAAUACUUGGCAUUUGACCACAGAGAUGUGGAGGAGGAGUUGCACGUGAGAAAAGUGGGAUUGUCCUCUGGCAGACGGAAACUGGGGUUUCCUCCUGUCUCUCCCUACUCCUGCAUGAAGGAUUCUGUGCUCACGUUUGUGUUUGAUGAUGUGUGGAGUGAAGUCCUGGUCUGCAUGGAAGAAUUGAUCUGCAGGCACUGGGAAGGGUCAGCCUCUGAUGAUGAGAAAAAUAUCAUAACAGUAGAAACACUCCGAGCAGAUGCCAGAAGCCCUUUGCAGUUGGAUCCUUUGCCAGCAUUGUUACCUCGGGUGCCACACACGAAGAUGCCCUCGGUGACAUCAAACCUGUGCCCAAAAACCAGAGGUGGCCGCAAAAGCAAAAAGAGGAGAAAAACACCUCAAGUAACUCUCUCUCAAGGAUCAAGUAGUGGUUCUCAGCGUAACCUGAAUGGCUUGAUGGUGAUCCAUGGGAUCCAGUUACACCAAAGGAACCUGCCUGUAGUGGAGAAAACACUGGACCUGGAUGACACACGGCCAGGUUCGAGUUCCCUCCUCUCUACCCGGGCGUGGCCAAAUCGUCCCCUGGAGCUCAGCACCUCGUCCCUGUCCCGCUGCACGAGGAGGAGGAACCUUCCCCCACGGACUCUGCAUCCCAUCGGGACCCCGCGCUCCGGGGACGAUGUCUGCAGGCGCCUCCUGACUACACAGGAGCAGCUGACCUCACCCUCCCCACUGCUGCUAAACAGAAAUCAACCCCUGCCACCCAUUGCCACCAAUACCGUGGCAGAGCGUGGGAGCACCACAGGACCCCACAGGCAAACGAAACCUCGAGGGAACUCGAGCUGUGCUUACAGUGUCAUGACACAAGAAGACACUCAGCAACUCCAGGAGCAGCUGCUCUUACCUGAUCCCUUCUCCAGGCCUAACACAACCAGCACAUCCUUGCCCCAUUCCCAGCGCCGCCGUUCUUGCACUGUUAUUGAUUACAGUAAUCAGUCCUGGUCGAGGAGAGGAUCCACAAGUUCAGGUCUUCCACUACGUGGCUCUGUGAAAGCCCACAGCCGAAGUGGAUCAGGCACAAAAAGCAAACAGAGGCACUGACAUGCCAUGGAGAAGCAUCCACCCAUCCAUCCAUCCCCCUCCAGAGAGUCAUGAACCACCUCUCCUUCCCAGCAAGGUCAACGUUGUUUACAUGGAGUUUUCAAACACCCUUCCUUACAGAUAGUUAUUUUUAUAUAAAUCUAAGCAGCAGCUGCCAAAGAUUAGAAGGGGUGCACUUAAACAUUCCAUUUCCUGCCAGUAGAGAAAGUGAUGCUCCAGUGGAAGGGUGAAUACAUUCCAGUGAAGCCCAACUCCUAGGAAACCCAGCAAACACUCUCCGUCCGUGCUGUUUUCCAUGAGGCUGGUGAAAGGUUCAUGUCCUUACAGGCUGCAGGUGCUGCAGGACCUGCUGAUUUUUCCCUUGGGAAGGUUAACCUGGCCUUGCACAGCCAUAGUGAUUUACAUUUUUAAAGAAGUGUAUUUAUAUGUUUAAAUAUGUUUAAAGCAAUAUUGUACUGGCAAUAACAAGCACUCAGAUUAGGCAAGUGAUGAAUGCUGUGGUAGCUGCAGCAGGUAUGAACACAGGUGUGUAGAACCAAGGCAGCAGAGCAGGUGACCUGGCAGCUCCCAAGGGCAGCACACCACUGCCUCUUCUUGAGUUAUAAUAAAACCUUUUAUCUCUUCCUUAGUGACUGAAGAAGGUUGAAAAGGCAAAAAGAAACUUCUUACUACAAGUAGUUGCAGACAGUACUCAAAAUAAAAUCCUCCUGGUGAGACAUUUCAUGGUAAUUUCACAGAAGUGCUCAGUGUCCCUUUGUAAAAAUACCUAUAAUUACACAAGAUUUCUUCACUCCAAGGUAGAGUUCCAGAAGCCACUGAUACAGUGGAGCUUUUAGGAGCUGUGUCUGCCUGUGUGACAGACCUAACAGAGGCAUUUGCUGGAGUUGGCCUUGUGGCUCCAGAUAACACAAAACUAUCAAGUACAGGCUUCUCAAAAUAAGAGAUUAGUUGAAGAUCUUACUCCCAAACAGUGAGUGCCAGACUGAGAUAUAAAAACAAGCUGAAGUAACCACUGCUGUAUUUAAACAAAGUUAGGACACUCCACAAAAACAGCAGUUCCUUUCUAGUCCAAUUAAAGAGCACUGUUUUCCUAUAUUUUCUUAUUAUUCUUCAAAUUAUAGUUCACAAUAGAAAAAAACUUUGCUAGUAUUCUUUAUGAAGUGGCUCCCCUAUUUCCCCGCUGCAGACCAGCUAAUAAUUUUAAUAAUUUUUCAUCAAUACUGAAGCUCACAAGUCCAGUUGAUCCAAGCAUGCUUUAAUCAAAAACAGGGAACUGUGGAAAUAUAACUGGGUUAACCUGCCUUUGCAUUUCCAGAAGUUAAAAAAACAAAACAAAUCAAACCAAACCAAAAAAACCAACAAAAAAACCCCAACAACAACAAAACCCUCUGAGAUCAAUCUAUACCUCUUAAGUUUUCAGAGAGAGAAGCUGAUGCUCAUCAGAGACCUCUACUCACUAAACCAUCUCAAAAUACAAUUUCUCUUCUGGAACCCUGUGCAGUGUGUCAGUUAUGUCAGGCAAAGUGCGGAUAAGCAUCCCAUUUGUAUCCACGCCAUUCCUCAGGGACCAAGUGAGUUUUCUGUAGCACAAGAGUUAGAAAAGCAGACAAACUUGAAUAGAUUCUGUUAACAUAAUGUAGUGAUUUACAGCCUAGAGGAGUCAGUGGGUUUAAAAAAUGCAGUUGCCUCCUAAGGCCAUUUUUGUUUUUUGUACAGAUGGCAGACACCAGGGACUACUCCUGGACUGUUAUUUAUUUUGUGUAAUAAAAGUAAUCUUCAAGCCUCGUGUUAUAAACCACAA